CCCUUCGAAGCAAAGCCAAAUUAACAAAUCUUUUCGAUUUUACUUCUCCCUCGCCUCUACUUUUUUGCUUACAGUAUGCCAGAAGACACAGAGUACCGCUGUUUUAUUGGUAACCUUUCAUGGUCUACAUCUGAUAGGGGCCUAAAAGAUGCAUUUGAAAAGUUUGGAAAUCUUCUUGAGGCUAAGGUAGCUACUGACAAGUUUUCUGGCCGUUCUCGUGGAUUUGGAUUUGUCACUUUUGAUGAGAAAGCAGCAAUGGAAGAAGCUAUUGAAGCAAUGAAUGGAAUGGAUUUGGACGGGCGGAAUAUAACUGUUGAUAGAGCUAAACCUCAACAAGGGUCAGGGAGAGAUUAUGAUGGUGACCGUAGCCGUGAUCGUGGACGUGAUCGUGACCACGAUCGUAGCCGGGGCUAUGAUGGCAGUCGUGGAUCUAAUGGUGGGGAGUGUUUUAAGUGUGGGAAACCUGGACACUUUGCUAGGGAGUGUCCUAGUGAUGGGGCUAGGGGGGGUAAGUAUAAUGGUAGGGGUGAUCGUUAUGGUGGUGGUAGUGAUGGUGGCCGUUAUGGUCCUGAUCGAAAUGGAGACAGGUUUGGUGGGCGCAGCAGAGAUGCAGGUAGUCGAGGGGGGUCUGGUAGUGACAGAUAUAAUCGUGAUCGUUCUGGACCAUAUGAGCGCCGUGGAGCUGGAGGUCCUCGUUCUGGAUAAGAUGACUUUUUGUGCUGAUGAACCAGGGUUGCUGCUUUUAUGGCAAAGCAUGAAGUUUUAUUUUAUUUUAUUUUAUUUUAUUAUCUUUUUUACAGGAUGUUCUCUCUUCGUUGUUUUGUGGGGUGGAACAAUAUAGUAGUUCAGUCCUUUCACCUUUGAAGUGUGAACUUGGCACAAAUCUUCAACUAUUUAUGUGUUCCUAAA